GCAGGGUGUAAGGUUGAUAUUGGCCCAAUAACUCCGGCCGCAUCUGUCUCACCCACUUUUUCCUGGCUUGCAUCGUCUCUGAGAUUACACUCACGUGGCCCUCCAAGAUUCCUGCUUUCCAUCUCUCUCCACCAACCACCACUUGUUUCACUCUAUAUGUUCACAUCGUCAAUUCCCUACCCAACCCCUCUCUAUCAUUUCAUUCUAACACGCCGAAGGGGCGUCGUUCCUUUGGUUCCACAACACUCAUCGGGGGUUGAAGGAAGGGAACAUAUUCAAAGAUGGGUGAUGUAGCUAAAGAUCUAACCGCUGGGACUGUGGGAGGGGCAGCACAGUUGAUAGUCGGGCAUCCCUUUGACACCAUUAAGGUCAAGCUCCAAAGUCAAGCUGUCCCACUUCCUGGACAGGCUCCAAAAUAUUCCGGUGCCAUAGAUGCCGUGAAGCAAACAUUGGCUGCUGAAGGUCCAAGGGGUUUAUACAAAGGCAUGGGAGCUCCACUUGCUACUGUGGCAGCCUUCAAUGCAGUGCUCUUCACUGUCCGUGGCCAAAUGGAGGCGCUCUUGCGGUCUUCUCCUGGCACUCCUCUUACUGUCGGCCAACAGGUUGUGUGCGGAGCUGGAGCUGGCGUGGCUGUUUCCUUUCUGGCUUGCCCCACUGAAUUGAUCAAGUGCAGACUACAAGCACAGAGUUCACUAGCAACUACUGGGCCGGCAGUUCCUGCUGCACCGGGUGGUGCUGCUGUUGCUGUUGCUGUUGCUGUCAAAUAUGGAGGGCCCAUGGAUGUGGCAAGGCACGUCCUUCGGUCAGAAGGAGGCGCGAGGGGUCUGUUCAAGGGGUUGCUCCCAACCUUUGCCCGCGAAGUUCCUGGAAACGCAGCUAUGUUUGGUGUGUAUGAAGGACUGAAGCAGUAUCUUGCAGGAGGGCAGGACACUUCUAGUUUGGGAAGAGGUUCGCUGAUACUAGCCGGAGGGUUAGCUGGAGCUACGUUCUGGGGUUCUGUUUAUCCGACCGAUGUUGUCAAGAGUGUGUUACAAGUCGACGACUACAAGAACCCCAAGUAUUCGGGCUCUGUAGAUGCGUUCAGGAAGAUAUUGAAGUCGGAAGGAGUGAAGGGUCUGUACAAAGGGUUCGGGCCCGCGAUGGCCCGUAGUAUUCCUGCAAAUGCAGCUUGCUUCUUGGCAUAUGAAGUUACUAGGUCUAGUUUAGGAUGAUGGCUAGAUAGUUAUCUUGAUUUAAAUUUCUAAAUGAAAAAAUGUGAAUAUUUUCAAUGCAGAGAAGAACUAUUAUCAUUUC